AUGGGCGAUUUGAUUAGCAACUUACCAGACGCACUCCUACGUGACAUACUCUCUUUUCUCCCAACCAAGCAAGCUGUUGUCACAAGCAUUCUCUCGAAGCGUUGGAUGCCUCUAUGGCGUUCAGUGCCCACUCUCGACUUCGACGACUCUUGUGUAAACAGCGAAGACACUUAUGAUCGUUUUGUUCAGGCCGUGUAUGCAGUCAUCUUUUCCCGAGAUCUUCACCUCCCCAUCCACAAAUUCCGCCUCAACUGUUACACUAAUUCUUAUCAUCCUAAUUACGAUCCUGCCAAUAUCAGUGAUUGGGUUAAUGCUGUUGUGCAACGCAGAGUUCACCACCUCGAUCUCUACCUCCGUUCCCUGUAUCAUCAACCACCCCCUAACUUGUCUUCCAUCUUCACUUGCAAAACUCUCGUGGUUCUCAAGUUGCGAGAAUGCAACUUGGAACCUAUUUCCUCUGUUGAUUUACCUUUCCUUAAAGUCAUGCAUCUAGAAUUGUUGUGGUUCUCAAAACGUGGAUGUCUCGCUCAGCUUCUUUCUGGAUGUCCACUUCUUGAGGAUUUUAAAGCAAGUUUUUUAUAUUUUCAUGAAGAUGUCACUGAUACAGAGUUUAAAACAUUACCAAAGUUGCUCAGAGCAGAACUUUCUGCGAGAACUGACAAUUUUUUGCUGGGAGUGGUUAACAAUGUCAAGGUUUUGCGCAUCGAUUGGAUUGAGCGCAGUCUUUGUAAAGGCAUUUGCCCCUACGAUUUCCCCAUGUUUCACAAUUUGGCCCAUAUUGAACUUGAAUAUAACAGUUAUAAUAAUGAUUGGUCUGAGGUAGUGGAAUUUCUCAAGUGUUGCCCCAAGCUUCAAGUUCUUAUCAUUAACCAGCCAAAUAUUCGUUUCUAUGAGUCUUAUCUACUUGAAGAACCAGCAAAUUGGGAGUACCCACCAUCUGUUCCUAAAUGCAUUCUAUUACAUCUUAAAAGAUGUUGUCUCAAUCAUUAUAGAGGCGCCGCAUGUGAGUUUGAAUUUGCAAGAUAUAUUAUGAAGAAUGGAAGAUCUUUAGAGAGAAUGACAAUAUACAGUGGCGCUGACGUAGAUAAACAGGAACGGCUUAAGAAAUAUAGUGCUGAAGUUGACGCAAUUGUGUGUAGUAUGAUGUUUGAACAUGCAAAUUCCUUGCUCCAAUGCACAACUAAGAAGCUGGCAUUGAAAAACAAGGUUGUCUUUGGAGCUAGUGAGCAAUGGCAUGCUCCAAGUCUCCAACUAUAA